AUGAGCACAACUAAUUCAUUUGGAAGAUCCACACAAUCUAUUAGAGCGAAAGAUAUAUGCAUAUUGCUCGUGAAUGAUGAUCAUGUUUGUUGUAAUAUUGUAUCCAAUAUGCUUGAUCACUGUCGUUAUGAAGUUUUUAGCUACGAAAAAGAAAUGGAUGCACUAAGUAUAAUCCGGGAGAAGAAAGACACACUGGAAAUAAUCUUGACAAAUGUUCAUCGAACAUAUGCAAAGAAGUAUGGGAUCAUUGAUCAUAUAGAAAAGGAAUUUAAACUCCAAAUCAUUUUGAUGUCACCGGAUGUUGAUGAUAUAAAGAAGGUUUCAGAGGGUGGUGGAAAUGGUGUAACUGUGUAUAUAUUGAAAUCUUUAAGUGUGAAAGAAGUUAAUAAUCUUUGGGCAAAUGCAAUGGCACAAGAAAAAAGUAAAAGGGAAAUAUCAUCGUCAUCGGGGAAAUCAGGAGAUAAAAGAAAGAUAGAAACUGAUGAGGAAAAUGGAAAUGUAGAAAAGAAAACGAGGAUUGUUUGGACAAAGGAGAUGCAUCAAAAGUUCUUGGACGCCAUUGAUCAAUUAGGGAAUGAUAAAGUUGUUCCAAAGAAGAUAGCUGAACUUAUGAAUGUUCCAGGAUUGACAAGAGAAAAUGUGGCUAGUCAUUUGCAGAAGUAUCGGAUAUGCAUGAAACGAGCUCAAGGAGUGUUUACAAGUUCUUCAUAUGAUUUCACUGACCCUUUCAAUUUCAACCCUUCACAAGCAAAUUCUCAAGAAUCCCAUUGGAAUCCUUUUCCAAUAAGAUCAAGAAACACUACUCCAAGCCUAUUCAGUUUGAACUGUUAUGAAUCAAGAUUAAGGACAUUUCCAAAUAUGCCCCUACUAAGCAAAAUCCAGUUGAAACCCGACCGUAGUUUUAGGGUUUGUGGCAAUGAAAAGAAAAACAUCCUUUUAAGCAUUGAAGACAAUAAUAGGAUAUGCUCGGAUUCAAGUUUUGCUGGUUUUAGAUUAGCUAAUGAUGGAAAGUCUAUUCAGUUUGGGCAAAAUGGUCAUUUUGAUGAUGGUGGUGUGAAUAAGAGUUACAUUCAGCAGCAUGAUUUUUGUCCAGAAAUGGGAAAUGACGAUUCCACCCUUGGGCCAGAAAGAGACGACUGGAUGUCUUCCGUGGCCAGUCUUCUAGGUGUUGAUGACAACUUGCCAUCCAUUUUGACUCAGCAGCAACCACCUACACUGUCUCACCAGAACAAGGUGGCUGCAACCACCAUGACUCAGCCACCACCAUCUGUUGGGCUGCAGUGGAGUGACUGGGCGGAGCCGCCCGGUUUUUCUCCUCAGCAGCCACCACCACCACCAGGAAACGAGGUCAAUGACAACUUUGAGAUUUUUAGUGAUUUCAUCUCACCGGGUCUUUGUGAAUUGGGGAAGGGAAUUGAUGAGAAUGGUGUUGAUGCAACUGGGAUAUGCGGUUUUGAUGACUUGCUGUUUAAUAAUCAGGAUUUGACUUGA